UCAUGACAGGGCUAAAGUAUGUUGAAUCAUUAUUUUGUGUGUAUCUAGAGUUACCCACCGCAGAAGAGUUGAUGAGACCCAUCCGGCCAGAGAAGGACCAUAUCAGAGGCUUCACCCUCCAGCCUGUCAGUGCUGUAGAACUUGACAAAGAAAAGACAUCCCACUACACUGAAAGAACGUUCCCGGAUCUGACUUCCCCAGAGACACAACUGAAGCAACUAGGAAAAGCUGACCACGGUGCAGAGAUAAAGGGAGCCAGGGCAUUGAUUAGCCACCCUUCCAGCUCCCCAGACCCUCCAAACCACAACCUGACAUGGAGCAUCAGACAGGAAGUGGAGAGGCUGAUGCAGGAUCAGAACAAAUAUUCUUCUGACACAUCCUUUCAGGCUGGCAAAGCCAAGAAACAACCGUUGUCCCAUGGCGCCACUAUUUCUCAUCCCUCUACAUCUUCAGUGAGGAAUACCACUAUGGCUCCUGUGAGAGGCCGGAGAGGGGGUGGGAGAACAGCAGUGACUUCCAGGUCGUCAGGGCUGAAUAGAGCUGCUGCUCCGGCCAAGUCUUCUGUUUCCUGUCCUCUGCAGCGUCCACGACAAAAAGCCACAUUUACAAAGAGCCAAGAAAAAGAUGACCACACAGCAGAGGCAGGUCUGAACGUGAGCAGUGAGCUGGUGGCAUCUGUUCAGUCCUUAGUGGCUGUCCUUCAACAGCAGAUAGACACCAGCAGUCACCAGGAUGCUACAGACACACAGGACAUCAGAGGACUUCAAGAAACCAGACUGACACAUCACCUUCCAAAGAAAACUAGGGAGGAAGACAGCUCUGUGGUGGAGGAGCUGAGAGUCCAGCUGGCUCAGAAAGAGAGGGAGCUGCAGAUGAUGAAGGAAGGAGCGGAGGAGCUCAGCUCUCUCAGACAACAGAACUACUUACUGCAAAGCAAGCUGCGAAGUGCAGAAGAAGCCAGUCAGAAGAAGAGAUGGGCCGAGGCCACUGACUCUGCUACAGAGGAAAAGCUCCAACAGAUGAAUAAAGAAAUUAAAGAGCAGGAGGUGCUCAUAAAAGGUUACCAGCAGGAGAACGAGAAGCUGUAUUUACAGAUGAAGGCUCAGCAGGCCAAGAGUAAAGCCAACGAGGAGGCCAUGUUUAAUGAAAACCAGAGACUGCUAAAUGAGCUGGCUUUCACAAGGGAGCAGCUGAAUAAAACCUCUAGGCCUGUGGGAAAUGUCUGCUUAUUGGAUCACACUCAACGCAUCACAGACUUGUUGGCUCAAAUAAAUACCUUUCAGAGAAAUGAGGCCAGGCUGUCUGAGGAUAUUCACAGACUGAAGCAAGAAAAGCAGGCUCUGGAUGUGGACCUUCAGCUAUUGAAGAAAGAGAGAGACCUAGCUAAAGCUCAGGCUGUGUCGGCCUCAGGAGACAAGACGUUUGAGAUGCGUGUCUUGGAGAACAAGCACAGAGAGGAAGUGGCGGCCCUGAAGAAGAAGCUGCAGUGGUUUGCUGAGAACCAGGAGCUGCUGGACAGAGAUGCUGGCAGACUGAAGGCUGCUACAGCUGAGAUUCACCGGCUCAAAGAGCAGGUAGAACACCUGAAAAUGGAUGUGGGCAAAAGAAGCAGUGAGCAGCAGAGAAAGGCCAGAGAGAAAACGGGGGACACUAAGAGGAUGCAGGACCUGGAGCGACAGGUGAAGGAGCUGGAGCAGAUAUUAAGAUGUAGAAACCCAAACUCCCUGCAAGCUCUGAUCUACGCUGCAGCCACAGCUGGGGGUCAAGAGGAUGUGGAGGCUGCCAAGACGUCCCCGCCCAGUGGGAUCAAUGCCCUGCUGGAGCGCAGGAUUCAGCGUCUGGAGGCUGAGCUGGAGAGUCAUGAUGAGGAGGCCAAGCGCAGCCUGCGGGCCAUGGAACAACAGUUCCACAGGAUCAAGCUUCGCUAUGAGCAGCAGAUCUCAGAACUGGAGCAGCAGCUGGAACAGAAACAUCAGCUGGAAACAACACACUCAGCAGCUGGGGCCGAGCCAUGGAUGUCGCAGGUUCGAGCACUGGAGGAGGAGCUGCAGCGUGUAAAGGAAACCCACCAGGACAAAGAAAAGUCCCUCCAGGACCAGAUUGAGUCUCUCCACCAGCAGCUCAAACAUAAGGCUGGUGCUACCCAGGCCCAGCCAAGUCCAGGCCGACACCAGCGUCAAGCCAAGGAAGCAUUUGGUGUCCGGAUAGAACGGCUGAACCAAGAGCUCGCCAACAAGACAAGGACCAUUCAAGAACUGAGCCGCACUGUGGAGAGACUGCAGAAGGAGAGGCGGAGCAUGUUGUCUGUCCCCAACCCACGACCAGAAACCUGUUCUACAGAGACCAAACGACAACCAGCCAAAACCGUCUGUUCUGCUACUACAGCGGAGACACGUGGAGGGGAAGAAACGUUUCCAGCUGCUCAUUAUGAGAAGACCUACCAGCCCACGGUCUUUACAGGCAGUCACAUCUCAGAAGUUCUGCAGGAGAACGAGGCCCUGAAGCAGCGUCUGGACCUGCUGGAGCUGCAGAGUGAGCAGGACAAGGAGGCGUUAAGGGCUGAUGCUGUACAAGCCGUGAAGGAGCUGUGCAGGCUAAAGGAGGACUCUGCAGAGCAGCUGUCCUCUUUGAAAGCAGAACACCUCAGGAUGUUAGACCAACUGCGUGCCACCCAUGCCCUGGAACACUCCUCCUCUAAGGUUGCUGAACUGGCCAAUAAGCUCAACACUCAGGAGUUGAUGGUGAAACAUUUGCAAGAGCAGCUGAAAGAGCUGCAGAGAGCUAAAGAAGAACUGAAGGUAUCCAGGACCCGAGAGGAUGUUCUGCAGAAGCAGCUGACCACACUGCUGAAAGAGCUAAAGGAAGCUACUGAAGCUCAGAGCCCAGAGGUGAAGUUCCUGUGUAGCCUCGAGAGGAAGAUCCUCAACAUGGAGCUCAGACACCAGCACAGAGAGAAGGAGCUGCAGCAGGUGAUUAGUGGGUCCUGGCAGACGCUGGAGGCUGAUCAGCAGUCAGAGGUGGAGCGCUGGAGGCGUCUGGCUCAGGACAAGAGCAGAGAGCUGGAGGCGUUCCGUCUGGAGCUGGACUCCAUCCUGGACAUCCUGAAACAUCUCCAAAGACAGGGAGUGGUCCUCCCCACUCUUGACUCCCCCAUCACAGCCCCCCUCACCCAGAGGAGUUAAUGCACAGACAAGGUUUGACCGACGCAUGUCAGUGAACAGUAGUGCUGAUAAUUGUGCACUGAAGCCAAAGAUAGACACCAUAAGCAAUAAUGAAUAUCUCCACAUUAGACCGGGUUCAGGUGAAAGGACUCGACGGCCAGUAUAAUAUUAGCAACCACAUGUCAGAGAUAGAUGAUGCUUCCUGGUCCACGUCAGCAGCUGCCUCAGCAUCAGCAACACUUCAUGUUAACACAUACAAACAGAAAUAAAGCAACAGCAUGCUCAGAAUCUCUUUGUACACAUCCUGCUCCUGCUCCUGAUGUUUGGCUGGAUAUUUUGUAGCUAGCUUCAAUUUUUGUAUUUAAGUUAUUGUAACUUAUUUUAGGGGUAGUGAAAAAUAAAAGUCUUAACUGUGA